CCGGCGAUUCGGCAGUUAACGCGGAGGAGUUGGCUGGCCUGGAAUAAACCAUGGCUAUUUCAGCAGCCUGUUUCGGGCAAUUAUUCCAUGGAUUUGUGUAUUAAACGCUCAGCCUACAAGUUGCCCACCAUCUCGAUCGCUACGGUAAAUAGCCUCAUGAUCUUGGUUACGCAUCAUCACACAUACUAGACGUUUCCGCUUUCGCAACCAGAUCCCAAGAUGAAGUCGUGGCUUCCCAUCCCGCCGGGGUCUCAUUUCUCCCUGGCCAACAUCCCAUUCGGUAUUAUCUCCACGGCGGCCAUCUCCGCACGCCGGCCGGCCAUCGCCAUCGGCACCCAUGUGCUUGACAUCUCCGCCUUCGCCAAGGAAGGUGGCUUCACAAAGCUGAAGGACUUCCCCGGCGACAAGCUUGGAGUCUUUUCUGAGCCGACCCUUAACUCAUUUGCCGCCCUCGGGCGGCCCGUCCACCGGCUUGUUCGCGAGUAUAUCCGUGACAUCUUCCGGGACGACACCCCCUACCCUGAGGCUUUGAAGACCAACGAGGCUCUGAAGAAGUCGGCGUUGCUACCACUGUCCGAGGUUGAGACUCAUCUCCCUCUGUCGAUUGGAGACUAUACCGAUUUCUUCGCUGGCCGCAACCAUGCUCACAACGUUGGAACCCUGUUCCGGGGUGCUGCCAACGCUCUGCAGCCCAAUUACAACCAUCUGCCCGUGGCUUAUCACGGCCGUGCCAGCUCGGUAGUAGUCUCCGGCACGCCGCUCCACCGUCCGGUUGGCCAGGUUCUACCUGCUCCGGGAGCCCAGACCCCCGUCUUUAAGGCCUCUGGCAGGAUAGACAUUGAGCUUGAGAUUGGCACAUUUAUCUGCAAGGGCAACGCCCUCGGCCACCCUAUCCCGCUUAACCAGGCAGAGGAUUACAUCUUUGGCUAUGUGCUCAUGAACGACUGGAGUGCCCGAGAUAUUCAACAGUGGGAGUAUGUUCCUCUGGGGCCCUUUAAUGCUAAGAACUUUGGCACCACCAUCAGCGCCUGGGUUGUGCUUGCGGACGCCCUUGAGCCGUUCAGGACCCAGGGCCUACCAAACGACACCGAGUUGCAAAGUUAUCUCCGCGAAGAGAGGAAGGAUAAUGUGCUAGACAUCAAGCUGGAGGUUACUCUCAGCACCGCCAAGGGUAAUUCGCGCACUAUUACACGAACCUCUUCUAAGAACCUUCUCUGGUCCUGGCCCCAGAUGAUUGCCCACCACACCAUUUCCGGUUGCAACCUGCGAACUGGUGACCUUCUCGGCAGUGGUACUGUCUCUGGGUUCGAGGAGGGUACCCACGGUAGCAUUUUAGAACAGACCAAGGCUGGAAAAUUCCCCGUUGAGAUUGGUGGUGGGGAAGUGCGCAACUUCCUUGCUGAUGGCGAUACUGUUGUCAUUAAGGGAUGGUCUGGUGCCAAUGAAGAUGAGUUGGUCGGAUUCGGAGAAUGCUCUGGCCAGAUUCUGGCGGCUGUGACUCAGGUAUAACUCAAAUAGAUAUGGUAUAGAAGGAAAAGAGCAC